AUGCCAAUAAUAUCUUUGGUCAAUUUACCACCAGAAAUAUUUCUUUUAAUUUUCAAAUAUCUUCAUAAACCACAUAUUACUUAUUCGUUCUUAGAAUUGAGUAAUCAUUUCUCGUUACCUGUAAAAUAUUUUAUUGGAAAACAAUUUGAUUUAACAAAAAUUAAUGAUGAUAUUAUUUUUCAAUAUUGUUUAUCAACUGCUUUACCAUUAAUUGGAUUUAAUCUUCGUUAUUUAUCAAUUGGUUAUCAAUAUUGUUUAUCAACAUAUAUUAAAUCAAUAAAAACUUAUUGUCCUAAUUUAGAUAAAUUGACUAUUUAUGGUUGUUCUGAAAAAGAAGACAUUCGUCAUUAUGUAGCAAAUUUAAUACAUCAUAAACUUAUGUCAUUAAAUUUUAUUUUUAAUGAUAAAAUCGUCGGUGAAAAAAUUAGUCAUCGUCUACUUGAAAAAUGUAGAAAUGAUGAAUUUCAAAAAACUCCAAUAGCAUCGUCAGUUCUAUUGCAUUUAUCAACAAUGAAUAAUCUUAUUUUAUUAAAACGAUUCUCUGAAAGUGACUAUCUUCCUAAUGGUUUAUAUAUGAUUGAAUAUGUGCCAACUGGUGAGUGGUUAACAGAUAGUGAAAAUGAUUUAUGUAUAAUGCCAAAGGAAUUUCAUUGUGAACAUAUUUUUUCUAUAAAACAAAUUGAUAAUAAUCAAUGUUGUCUUGAAUAUGAAUUACGUCAAAAACAAACACAACAUCUUUUAACAGUUUUACCAAUCAAUGAACCUGAAGAACAUUGGAUACCUUCAUCUAUUCUUUCAACACAUCGAAAAGAAACAUUUCGUUCAUGUUCAACAUUUACUUUUGAAAAAAUUGAUAAUGAGAAUCAAUUUUAUAUUCGACCUUGUUAUUCAAAUGCUAAACGAUUACAAGCACGGGGAAAACGUAUUAUUGUAUCAGUUGGUGAUAAUGAUAGCACACAAAAUCAUUAUUUUAGAUUUCAUCGUAUUUCGUAA